AUGCGACUGCCUCUUCUGAAAUUGUCAGUACUCCGUUUUUCACCAACGUUCCUUCCGCACUUUCACUCCACCACACAGUUGAUGCUCGAUCGUUGUCACCUUUUCUUCCUUCCGUCACUCAUCACUCUUCACUACAUGCAAGUCCUUUCUUUCUCAAUUGUCCUAUUUUGAGGAAACCAUUCUCUUCACAAAUUUGGAGAAGUAAUCGACGACUUGCUACCUUUGCUCAUUCCCAUCGACAAUUAAGAGCUGGAGCAUUUAUUUAGAACAAUCUGUAAGUUUUGACGCCUCUCAAUCUUUCUGCAUAACACACUACGCAAAAUCUUCGAUUGUUACUUCUUGACAUGUAAAAGUACUGUACUUUUGGGCGCAUAGCAGAAAACAAUGCUUCUUCCUUCGCUUGAUAUUUGCCAUUUGAGCAAUUAAACAUCUAGGGAAGUAGACGUCCGCGGAGGUUUUCUGUUCGUUUCGUUUGCCAGUCUGCCAUAAUUCACGUACAUUCAACUCUUCUGCAUUCACACAAUUGCUAACUGUUUUGAAUGGAUAGCUGCAGCCAAAAUGUCGAAGAACCACACCAAUAUUCCACUGCAUUGCAGUAUUUGCCCAAAGAAUCCUCAAUUCUCCGAUGUAUCCCAUCUUCUUACCCACACUUCUUCUAAAGCCCAUUUAUCCAAUUAUUUUAAGCUUAAAAUCAGAGCUGCGUCGGAAUUGACUGCAAAGGUUCAACUGGACAAUUUCGAGGAUUGGUAUGACAAUUAUGAUCUAGAACGAUUACUGUCCGAAAGACUUGCCUCAAAAGAUCAAAAGAAAGCUGCCAAGGACAGGAAGGUCAGGAACAGUAAAGCGAUGGUAAUCUACCCUUUAAAUGGGAAGAUAUACGAGUGUGCUGACUAUGAGGAAAUAGCCCGGACCAGCAAAGGUCAAGAAAGAAAACGACAAUAUUCAUGACAAUGAGGCCAAUUUGGCACCCAUGUUUCGAGCUCCUGUUCCAAGAAUGCAUCUUUGGCCAACUACAACAAACACCAAUAUGAAUAACAAUACGUCUACAUCCAACUCUGAGAUUGGAAGCGAGUGGGAUCACAGUGUGUAUGCAACGCCCACUUCUAGACGUCAGAUUCCAGGUUAUACACUUCAGAAGACACCUUCGGCAGUAGGAACGGCAUCAGUUGCUACCAAGUAAGCAGCAUAUGUGUCACAUUCUAGAAAGUUAUUGUGCUAACCAUGCCCCGUAUAGUCUUACCACGCCAUUGAAGGAGGAAGGCGCAGAUGCUGAAAUUCUCGAGAAGCUUUCAGACAGUGCGAAGUUAAAGGGUGUCUUCUGGCCUGGCAUGGAUCUCUUUGAUUCUGCCACAGCUGAAAUGAAGCGAAUGAGGAACCAGAGAAAAGAUGGCUCAAUCCUUGAACUGAUGAUGGCCGCUUCUGCAGAGGUCCAGCCCACUGAAAUAUCCUACCACCCAGAUGGAGCAUUUCGGACUUCAAGAAAUAUUUUUGGUCCUCUUUCGACUGAGACUAGCCCUGUAAGUUCUUCCUGAUCAUGGUCAAUUUCCCUCGUUUUAAGAUAUUGCAUACCAACUUUAGAACGCUUAGAUUCGAGACCCCACCCCAAAGAAACGCAGAACUCGCAAAGCGGCCUUGACAGAUGUCAGUAUCAAUGUCCCCCGUUUAAGAGCUGGUCGACCGCCAAGGGACUCGGUUAGGAGCCCAGAGAAGCGACAAGUAUCUGCCAGAAUGCGUCAGCCUGCUGGCCAACUUGCGUUACAGCCAACGCCAACCCUCAACCCGUUGGCAUUUGGCGCCCGAUUCACUCCGAGUAACGAGGAAGACGAAGAGUUCAGAAUGACCAUGGAAGAGAUGGGAGCUAAGAAGCGUUCUUUUAGCGUUUUUCAGGAUGCUCCUGAGAUUAGUCCAGGUCGUACAGAGAGCCCAUUAGAAGAUCAUAGGUUCGACUUUUCGGAUGGCGUCUCGAAUAGCUUCACUAAUGCGAACAUCGGCAACCAUGUUUCUCCCACACCAGUUGUUAAACCUACUGCAAUGCGUAUGUUCUCCAAAGACAAUAGUCAAUCUGACGCCCAUGUCCGUCGAACCGUCUCGACUCCUCACCAUGGCUUCCCAGCUCAGAUGUUUUUUGAUAGUGCAUCAAUGUAUAACCCGCUUUACAGCCACCACCCUCGAUCUUUCUCAUUUGGGGGCGACCAUUCUGAUCUUUCCCAAAUCAACCAGGAAUCAAAGCCAAUGAAUGGUUUUAGUCAAGGUUUUCAUGGCAACUUCAACUCAGUCAGCCACGGCUCACGUCUACCUAGCAAUCAUUUACAUCUUUCAGGUUCCAUUACUCAUAGUGCGAAUGUCAAUAUGCCACAUUUUGGUAUGUGA